AUGGAGCAGCCCAUGCAGGGUCCACGCCACGUGGAGGUGGUGGACGUCCAGGCCAGGCAGGUGACGGUGCGCUGGGAGGCGUUUGGCUACAACGUGACGCGCUGCCACAGCUACAACCUGACGGUGCAGUACCGCGAGCGUGGGGUAGGGGGCGCUGGUGAGCAGGAGCAGGGCCAGCGGCGGGAGGAGCUGUGCGUGGACACACUGAGCGCCACUCCGCAGCACACCAUCCACAACCUCACGCCCUUCACCAACCUCAGCCUCCGACUGCUGCUCCGCAACCCAGAGGGCAGCAAGGAGUCCCCAGACAUCCACCUGCAGACCGACGAGGACGGGCGGCGGUACUUAGCUGACAGUUGUGUGUGUCUCCCUCAGAUCUCCUAUAAGGCGGUGAGCUCUUUUGACCUGGCGCUGGAUCUGUCCAAUCAGAGCGGCAGGGUGGUGAAACUGGGCAACGAGACGUCCCACGUGUUCCUGGGGCUCUACCCCGGCUCCACCUACUCCUUCACCCUGAGGGCCAGCACCGCCAAGGGCUACGGACCCCCCACCAUCACCCAGGCCACCACACGCAUCUCAGCUCCCUUUAUGCCUGCCUACGAUCAAGAGACGUCCAUCAACCAGACUGACAGCACUGUGACUAUUUUCCUGAAACCAGCCAAGAGCAGAGGAGCUCCAAUCAGUGUGUACCAGGUGGUGGUGGAGGAAGAGCGCCCUCGGCGGGUGCGCGGUGCUGCUGAGAUCCUGCGCUGCUACCCGCUGCCCGUCCACUUCCUCAACGCCAGUCAGCUGGGCUCGCGCUACUUCAGUGCCCAGUUCCCUGCCAGCCAGCUGCAGAGCGCCCGCUCCUUCAUCGUGGGCGACAACAAGACCUACAGCAGCUUCUGGAACGCACCGCUGCUGCCCCACAAGAGCUACAGCAUCUACUACCAGGCCGUCAGCACUGCCAACGGGGAGACACAACUAGACUGUGUGCAAGUGGCCACUAAAGCUGCUAUCCUGCUGACUCAACUCACUACUCCAUAUCUGCGUGUGGCUCCUGCGGCCGGUGACAGCCAGCUAACAGGUGCGGCCACCCACAAACCAGACGCUGUGGAACCAGAGAAGCAGACGGACCACACGGUGAAGAUCGCCGGGGUCAUCGCCGGGAUCCUGCUCUUCGUCAUCAUCUUCCUCGGCGUGGUGCUCCUCAUGAAGAAGAGAAGACACUAUCAGUCCUACACUUACUACCUGCUCGAUCUGUCCCAGGGUCAGCUGUUCUCUAGGGUGCGGGCCUUCAGAGCUGAGCUGCUGCGGCUGCUGCUUUAG